AUUUCAAUAUUUCCUAAGUUUUAUCCCAAAAUUAUGUGCCUUCUGUCUUGUAGACUUAAUAAGGGCAUUGCAGGCUCUAGUUGUGGCUAUAAUUUUCCGGGCGGACCGUGGUCGCUUGGCGUUUGCCCCAGGAGUGACCCGAUUGCGGUACUCCAUCACAGAUGGGAUUCCGGCGAACGGAAGUUCUGGCGGGAACGCAACGUGGUUGUGAUCCAGCGAUUGGCAAAGCUCUUGGAUUGUUAUCCGGAGGAAAUCGGAGCAUUCCUCCGUGAGCUUACCCUGCAGAACUACAGUCGACUGCUGUACCCCGAGGGUUGUGGCCGGAGUCCGUGCAACGUGCCCCUCUGUCAUCCGACUGUCUGUGAACGGUAUCUGGGCAUUUUCGAUGAGGGGGGCAACUUGCGGGACCCCACCAAUCCCCGGAGUCUCUUCAGUUUACUGUUCUUGCUGCAGCGUUGCCUCAACAGGCAACCAUUGGACGGUUGUUCGGGACUUCCAAUAAAUUCAAAUACAAAAUGCGGUUUCGGGGAAUGCUACCCUAGAGUUGGACGGCCGGAGAUUGUAGGCCUAGACCAGAUCUUGCACCAUCAUAGACUAGCUAGCGCCACAAAACAGACUCGCAUUAGUGACCAGUCGGUGGGAAUCAUUUCCAACCCAUCUCCAGCGUCGAUCCGGGUCAGGGCACCCCGAAGUAGCCUCUCCUCAGCCUAUAAUGGUGAGAUGGAUUCCUUCACAUCUGAUAGCACGGUUCCGGGUCUUCUUACCAAGCUGGACGGGUCAGAUCCUCCAAAGAAUCCAGAAGUAGAGAAUAUAAAUAUUGAAAGAAGGUCCUUGGAAGUUCGGGAAAUAUUUAAUGAUUUCAGUGAAAAACAGAUUAUUCAUGUGGAUUCCAAAAAUCUAAUUGAGGCUAUUCGGUUAGUGGAUCUUGCCGAAUUAGAAUCAGUAUCGGAUCAAAAACAAAUAAAGUUAGAUAGAGGUUCUGCGAGCAAGUUAGUAGAUGGGAUAUCCAAGUUCUACAACGAGGUGGUCGGGAGUGCACCUCAUCCAAAGAAUAGUAUUUGGAGAAAACGUCUGGCAGCUCUAUAUAAAGAUGAGCCUGGCGAUACCAAGAGGACCUGGACUGUGAAACAUCAAAUCGCAUAUUGAAAGUGAUUGGAGUUAUAAAACUCGAAAAAUCUAGAAAAAUUAUCUGAAAAUAAUAAAAUAAAAUUUGAUUAAUAAAGCUUUGG